GUUCUUAUCUGCACAAUAGGCUCAGCUUAACGGGGAUAGUUGCUGGUGUGGUGAUUAAGCCUGUCUUUAUUGCUGUUUUAUUGCUUGUUGACAUUUGUUGACAACACAAUGUUGAAUCAGCCAGAGAAAGGAAUCAAGAAGUCGGGUUACCUAGAGAUCAAACAGUCUUCUAAAGUGAAGAAUAGGAAACUGAAGUCAUGGAAACGCCGCUGGAUUGUGGUACAUCAGAUGAGCGACCUCACCAGCGGUACCUACGCUGCCAAAGUUGAGGUGUACACUGAUGCCGAAACAGCCAGUCGAACGCCAGGAGACAGACAGACGUAUAUUCUGGAUCACGUGACCGAUGUUCAGCUCGCGACGUCAAAGACACGCCCCUAUGCGUUUGAAAUUGUAGAGACAGAACCAGUUCUAGUCUUCUCAGGGUCGUCCAACGAUGAAACGUUGGAGUGGAUGAACGCCUUUAAGAAAAUCUUCUAUCCAGAAAAACCAGGAGGAGAAUACGGCAAGUACGAGAUUAGUAUCCAGCCCAACACUCACUCUGCACGAUUAAACUUGGAUGGGAAGUACACGCUGUCAGUGACGACCAGUGACGUGUCAAUUCAGACAUCAGAUGGUGGUGACGUCAUUAAAUGGGGCCUUGGUUCCCUGAAGAGAUUCCACCUGGACACCGAGCCAAACGCCAAUCAGAGAAAAGUGUUGGUCAUACAAAGUGGACCAAAUUCCUACACCGGAGAAGGCACAUUCCGCUUUUUGUCCAGUCGUGCAGAGACUAUCCUCAGUGCCAUAAGAAUGUGCAUCAAGGAAGCGAUUGGUCUUAAACAAAAGCAACGAGAGUUGAUGCCUCCGGAUCCCAACAGAGAUAGGGCGGUGUCCUUCACCGCCAGCGAGAAGAACUUCUCUGUGUUACUUGACAGCAGCAAAGGGGAUCGAUCAGGGUCGAUAUUGUCAUCGUCCUCGAAGGGGUCAACAAUGUCUUCCCCAGCAUGCUCCCCAUCAGCGUCCGUUUCCGCCAGUCCACCUGACUUACCAGCUCGUAGAGUAGGGGACCCGAAGGGGAUCCCAAAAAAUGCAAGUGUUCCCAAUAUAGUCGGACAUGGUGAGGAUACAGGGUACAGCCAUAUUCAGGGCAAACUUAGAACCAUGUCCCUCACAUCUCGCACUUCCGUGUCCUCACGAGAUUCGGGAGUAGUGUUCCCUGAAGCUGAUGGAAAGGGGCCCGCGGAAAGAGUGAGGAAGGUUUCUGUAGAGAAAAGAUGCUUCAGCAACUCUUUCGAUAGUGCUGUGUCCAACGGUUCUUUCGAAGAGGCCAAGAGGAAAAUCAGUGACGUUGAACAGUCCAUAGAAGAAGAAAGCCAUCCAAUACCUAUAUACAAUGACAUUGACGAGAAACUCGUCAUCAACGAUUCUAAGAACAAAUCAACGGAUGGGAAACAAAGGAGGCAUUCUACUGGUACGUGUAAAAAGGAGAACGAGUAUGAGGAUUUAGAUAAGUUCAGGAACAAAGAUAAGGAGAGUGAAGGAGCACCUGAAAAGAAGAUAGAAGACAUCCCUCCAGCGUUACCAGAACGGCCUCGUGUCAUUCUUCUACGACAAUCGUCCAAAGAAGAGUCUCCAUUACAAAGAACUGGAUCGGGAUCUAAAGCUUUCAGACACAGCUGUAUGGCCAAACUUCCUAACUUUGAUCAAGGACGAAGAAGUUCUUCAGCUGACGUUGCGAAUCAGGCCGGUGGAAAUAAUGACCUCUCAAGAUCAAGCAGUAAAGACUUGUACGCAUCAAUUCCAGACUUAGGUUCACGAGACAGCAUGGUUUCUGAUGCCAUUCCUAUACACGAUGGUCAAACACAGGCGUCUCCUUUAGGAGACGUCAAUGAGGUCUGUCUAAACAUCUUUGCCCCCUCUGUUGGGGACUGGAGGAUUUCAACAGGAACAUCUCCACUUAAAGUUAUUUCCAGAUCAUUGCCACCUACUCCUCCAGAAACAAAACCUUCAACCCAACCUCCAGUGGAAGACCUUUUGGGCCUUGACUCUCCCCUGACAAACACAGACCAACUGCAUGUUCCUCUUAUUGAUAUUACAGAAACCGAGGACAUGACUGUGACCAAACCAGCUGAUUUGUUGAAAGAUUUUGAUCCUUUUGAUAGUAACUCGAUGAGCAAUGACUUAUUAAUCCAAGGUGAUUGGCCGUGUGCAGUAACCGACACUUCGGCCGAUACAGGCCAGGAAAACCCUUAUUUCGACAUGAGUGGGAACAAUAAGGACGAAACAGAAUCGGAAACAGAACUCAUUUAUAUGGCGCCUUCAAAGGAAUGAACACAUGAACAUAUUACUCCGCUAAGGCGUAUGUCAGUUUCUUUUAUGGGAGAGGACAACCGGCAUUGAGGCUGGCUGUACACGUUGAGACACCAAGGAUGACAAAGGUUGAAUCCUGAAUUCGAACCCGUGACCAGCAGAACCUGGCACAACAAUGGGACAUAACUCUGCACGGCCAUAGUUCACAGGUAUUGUUGUUCUGACAUUUAAGACAAGACUAACUGUAGAUAUAAUCAACACUCAGUAUAAUGUAUCCAGAUUUGUCAUUAAUUACACGUUUCUGCAAUACACCUAUAUGUACAUAGAGUGGUGUUAUAGAUGAAGAUGUGCAAUCUAAGAAAAAAAGUGCAAUACUGUGACUCCUUCCUGAAGAAAGUAGCUUUGCCUCACAAGAAUAUUUAAUAAGGAGAAUUUGUCCGAGAAUCAUGUUGGUGUCAUCAAGGUACAAGUUCGUAAAAAUAUGAUAUCAACGAAAUUAAUAAACAUAAACAUGCCCAAAUGUGGAGUUAACCCUGGCAGAUCACGAAAUGAUAUAAAAGGUACAUUGCAGCUGCUUUGAUUUGCAUCACUGGAGGAUAUGUAAUGCUUCUCAGCAUAUCGAUGUACUAUUUACCCGCUUUAUAUUCACGCCAGUUCCAGAACAUUAUUUGUCGUGUGUCCGACAGGCAUCCAGUAGAACAUGCAAACAUAUAACGUUUAUGAGUGAGUGAGUGAGUGAGUUUAUUUUUACGCUGCACUCAGCAAUAUUCCAGCUAUAUGACGGCGGUCUGUAAAUAAUCGAGUCUGGAUCAGACAAUCCAGUGAG